AUGGAUGCGCAGCAGCAGCAGGCGGGGCCCUGGCGGGAGGGGGAUCCGCCCUCUUCUUCCCUUUGCUGGGCCUUGCCCUUCCGCGCGGGGCUGCCGGGCUGCCCCCUGCGGACCCUGCCUGCUGACCCUGCGCCUCCGUCCACCAGCGUCAAGCGCAUCAGAGACAAGUACGAGGCGGAGCUCUCGGAGCUGGAGCGGUCAGAGCAGAAGCUGCAGGCCCAGUGCGGGGAGCUGAAGGGGCGGCUGGCGGAGGCCGAGGGGGAGGCCGCUCGCCUGCAGGGCCUGGUGCGGCAGAAGGAUAAGGCCCUGGCGGAAGUGAAGGCGGUGAAUGAGCAGCUGCUGGGCGAGAGGAGCGGCCUGGCCCAGGUGCUCCGCCAGGAGUUCGCCGACCGGCUGGCGGCCUCCGAGGAGGAGAACCGGCAGGUCAGGGCUGAGCUGGCCGAGCUGCGGGCACAGCAACGGCUGGAGCUGGAGCAGCUCAGGCGGGAGAAGCAGGCGGAGCUGGAGGACCUACACGCGAGGGUGAAGGUGGCCCUGGCCAAGAAGGAGGCGGCCGUGAGCAGCCUCCGGAAACAGCACGAGGCCGCAGUGAAACGGGCAGACCACCUGGAGGAGCUGCUGGAGCAGCGUCGGCGGCCACUCCCGAGCACCAAGUGACACCCGCCCCCUCGACGUGGACACGGACACGGACAUGGAUGCGCAGCAGCAGCAGGCGGGGCCCUGGCGGGAGGGGGAUCCGCCCUCUUCUUCCCUUUGCCCCGUUUGCCUGCCCUGCAGCUGUGGCUGCAUUUUAACAGUAAAGAGCUGUUUUUUAA